AUGGAAUCACCGGACAAGCCAAACUGGUACGAAAAGGAUGUGAAAAGCAUCAAUGCUGAUGCCCAAAAACUCCUAGAAAGGUACAGCGGCUUUAAACCCGCUGAGAUCCUCCCACAUGUGCUAUCGCUGCGAGACGAGGCGUUUCGAGUCUAUCACUACCCCUCUAUCGGGCAGAUGCGCUUUCUUUCCAUCAACUUGCCUCAUAUACCUUUCUACAAUCGGGUGAUAGAACGGCUACGUACGAAUCCGUCCACUAGCUUCCUCGAUGCCGGCUGCUGUUUUGGUCAAGAGCUUCGCUCCUUGAUAGAUCAGGGCAUCUCUGGCAAACAGCUAUUUGGAUGUGACCUAGAGCCGGUAUUCAUUGACUUAGGGUACCAGCUCUUCCGAGAUAAAGAACGUUUAGAAGCGACUUUUGCAACUGGUGAUCUCGCUGCAGAAGAUACCAAGUUUGCGGAAAGCCAAUUAUCGCGGACAAUGUCUGGCAAGAUUGAUAUUAUUUUCGCCAGCUCUUUAUUUCACGUAUGGGACUAUGACACGCAAAUUCGAGCUGCAAUAAACCUAGUUCGAUUAUGUCGCGACAAACCAGACGUUAUGAUUGUUGGGCGGCAAAUGGGGAGUCGGCUAGGUGGCCACUACCAAAUGCACGGUGUGAAAGACGAAGCUUUACACUAUCGCCAUAAUGUUGAGACACUUAAGGGCUUCUGGCGAGACAUUGAAGCUGCAACUCAGACACGUUGGAAGUUUGAGGCGAGCUUUUUUGAAGAUGAGGCGGUUGAGCAGACAAAGAAAGCGCUUCCGGUGGAUGAUAACAUAGCCAUGAUUUGCUGGUGCGCGACUAGACUGUGA